AUGCACAACCAAGCCAAAAUAUCCACAAGUCUACACCCAAACAUCCCAACAGACAUAAACCCAGCAAAGCGCGCAUCAACCGCAAUCCCAAACGACAACCCAUUCACACCGCUCACAAUGCGAGCUCUCUACUUCACACCCCAAGGGACAACAAAAGACCUCCCGGACAGCACACAAGGCGACGGUAAAUCGCUCGACGAAACCAAAACCACCAUCCGCAAACACGGCUCGGGUCUAGUCCUGGACACAAGCUUCCCAACACCACAACCCUCAGCCCACCAAUACCUCCUCAAGGUCCGAACAGCAGCCUUCUGCCACGACGAAAUAAGGCUCGCCUCGGCGCUGAAUCCGCAAAAGACAACACCCCAAAUCCCACUGCAUAGUCUCUGCGGCACGGUUAUCAGUACACCCCGCGAAGACGACGACCGGGAUGAAGGUCCACGCUUCCGGAUCGGAGAGGUGGUCUUUGGGUUGUUGAGUUAUACGCGGGACGGGGGCGCGGCGGAUUAUGCGGUUGCGUGUGAGGCGGAGUUGGCGCUUAAACCGGGCAAUAUUACUGCAGCUGAGGCGGCGGCGUUGGCUUUGCCUGCGCUCACGGCUUGGCAGGCGCUUUUUCGAUAUGCGGGGCUUGAUCCGGAUGUUCCUGGCGGUUUGGAUGAGGAUGGGGAUGCGGGGGGGGAAUGGGACUGGAAGAAUACUCUUGCCAAUGAUCCUGCUUAUGGGUUCGGGAAGUUUACGGGCCAUGGGAGUGGGGUUAGAAAUGGGAAUGCUGUUGGCGGGGAUGGGAGGAAUGAGUUUCAUGGGAGUGCUGUUGAUGCCAAUUUUAAGGAGCAGCGUGGGAGUUUGGGGAAUGAUUUGGCCAGUGGUGGUGGAAGUGGGAGUGGUGAGAAUGGGCACUGGGUUUGGCAAUGGAAUCGCCGUGGUACGAUUCUCGCUGGCAAUGGGGGCAAGAAUAAUCACAUGCCUCUUGCCCCUGGCUCUGGCGCUGGCGCUGGUUCUGGUUCUGGCAGAGUGAGCAGCACCCCGACCCCGGACCUAGAUAGACAACGCCGCAACACGCUCCAAAACCUGACGAGUAGCAAUGCACGUCGUGGCAGUCUGUUCAGCCUGAUCAACGGACAUCGCGAGAGUCAAUCCAGCGCCAAUCGGAAUGGCAGUGGCAACGAAAGCGGCAAUACCCUACUAAACCUGGUCAACGGCAAUGGAAGCCGAAACGGUCAAUCAAGUGGCAGUAUCACGAGAAGGAUCAGUGACAGUAUCAGCGGCAGUAUCAAUGCAACCAGAAGGAAUUCAGACCCAUCGAUCAGACUAUUGAUCACAAACGCUCGAGACAACGAAGUCGGCCGCAUCGCAGUCCAACUCCUACGAGCAGAGACACUAUUCCCAGCCACAGUCCGGCCCUGGAUCUGUGUGACCUGCACCAAAGCCGAAGAAGAGAUCAUCAGACAAGAGUGGGACGUUGACGGGGUAAUCGUGAUUCCGCAUCUACCUCUUCCAGCCGAAUGUGAUAUCGGGGGCACGUUCAAGUGCCAGCGCUGGCCGCCUGUUGAUAUCGUGCUGGACUGUACUGGCGGCGAGGUAUUCCGGCAAGCGCAUGCUCCCCGCGUCAUUAAGAACUACGGGGCAGUGAUGACUGUUGUAGAGGCGCGGUGUGCGGAUCAGCCUCUUUAUCCUGCUGAGCGGGAUAUCCUCGGGCAUCGGAAGAGGGGGAUCAAGACUCGGUUUGUUCCUCCUAAUCCGGAUGGGGAGGCUAUGGCGCGCAUUGCGGAUUUGGUGGAGAGGAAUCUUGUUCGGGGACAGGAGGAUACUGUUGUUGAUCUUGAGAGGGCGGUUGAUCUUUUGGCUGGGAUGGCUGCUGGGACUGCCGGGAGUCGGAAGGGGAGGAUGAUGGUUGUUAGGCUUUAA